AUGUCCAUCUCCAUUCGUGUCUGGAAACAACGGAGGCUCCGGAGGGGCUUGCCACUCCCUCCAGGGCCAAAACGUCUGCCGAUCCUUGGAAAUGUGUCUGACCUCAAUGUUUUCGAGCCUUGGUUGACAUAUACCGACUGGGCGAAGAAAUACGGCGAUAUUGUCUAUUCAACUAUCCUAGGGCACGAGUUUGUCAUUAUCAAUUCUGAAAAGCUUGCGCGCACUCUUCUGGAACAACGUUCUGGAGUAUAUUCCGACAGACCAUAUGUCUUUACUAAUGUAUUGCACGUCAACAUUUUUCACUAUUUUAACACCGGGUUGUUACCGUAUGGGGACCUGUGGCGACAACACCGGAAGAUGUUUCACGCAGGAUUCAACAAGGAAGCUUGUCGCAAAUACCAGUCUAUGCAGCUUCAGAAAGUUCGCCAACUCCUGGAGAAUCUUACCAUUUCCCCAACUCAGUUCCCUGUGCAUUUAAAGACGUUGGCAGCGGCAAUCAUCAUGACUGUCACAUACGGUUACGAUCUCGCGCUAGUAGAGGAUCCACUUGUGACCAAGCUCGAUCGUAUCAUUGAUUUGUUUAUCCGGGAGGUCGGAACAGAGCGCGCUGCACUCAUCGAAUUCAUACCAUUUUUACAAUAUAUUCCGGUGUGGCUUCCUGGUGGGAUGUACAAGCGCCGGGCUGUAGAGUGCCGCGGUCUCGCUCGUGACAUCCUUAACGAUCCCGUAGAGUAUGUGAAAGCUGAAAUGGCUGGUGGAACUACACAACAAUCCCUCGUCAAGGACCUUCUGAGUAAAUGUUCGACCGAGAAUGGUGUAGCCACCGCUGAAGACGAAGAGGCAAUUAAAGCAAUCGCUGCAAGUAGUUUCUUUGGUGCGUCUUCUGUAACCGCCUCUAUUUUGAAUGUGUUUCUGCUUGCCAUGAUCCUUCAUCCAGAGGUCCAGAUCAAGGCACAAGAAGAGAUCGAUAGGGUGAUUGGCGACAGUCGUCUCCCUGAUUUUAGUGAUCAAGAAGGGCUUCCCUAUGUCGAAGCAGUCUAUCUCGAGACUCUACGGUGGCGACCGACGGUUCCGUGCUCUAUUCCUCAUCUUACGAGUACAAGCGAUGUCUACGAUGGAUACUAUAUCCCAAAGGUUGGUUUGACUGGUCCAAGGGGAAUGACACAUGAUGAAUCACGCUUCCCGGAUUCGAUGAGUUUCAAACCGGAACGACAUUUUUUACCUACUGGAGAACUCAUCCAAGGCUCUCUACCGCAGUCCUUUGGUUUUGGACGACGAAAGUGUUCCGGACAGUAUAUCGCAGAUCAGAGCAUUUGGGCCUCCAUCGUCUCUAUUUUAGCGACGUUCCGCAUUGGAAAGGGGAAGGACUCGACCGGGUGUGAAAUUGAUGUGAAUCCCAAGUUUACAGUGGGGUUUGCAAUCCGACCGAAACCUUUUGCAUGCACCAUUGAGCCUCGCUCUGCAAACGCAGAAAGAUUGAUUUGCGCGAGUAACAGGCGCGAGUAG